AUGGGUCGGGCUCGGGAGCCCGCGUAUCGUAAGAGGGGUUUUCAACGGACCUGGAUCAGCAAAGUUUAUCUGGCAAACUUAGGCGAGUCAUCGGCGGUGGAUGAAACGCAGUCCCCAAACCUCGGUCUAACGUGCUGGGCACCGUCGAUAUGUCCUGCUAGCCAGCACGGACGUGCUGGCGCUUUCCUCCCGCUGGCUUCUGGACCAAUUGUUGGCCUCCUGAGGCACCGCCCGGACCGCAGAGAGCGCCUCCAGACGAGCUUGAACGCUCGGAGCGCCACCGCGGAAGCGAAACGCUUCUUUCUCCAGCGGCGUCGAUGCCACCAUGCACCGCAAGCCUUUUCUAGGGCGCUUCAUACACCGCCGAGAGGCCAGCGCACGCUGCAUGACUCCCAGUUUUUGGGAAGAGCAAGUGAGUUUCACCGACCUUGUCUGCUACGGCGACAAGCACGUGCACCAUGGUCCUUGUGCAUGGAGCAAGGCGACCGCGCUUCCGCUUCGGAGCGUACAACUCCUCCGCGUACCGCAAAUGACGUUCAGCAAGGCAUCCAAGAGGCAAGUCAGCGAAAAGCCGGUGCACGAAGACACCCGGGGCGGCGUUUUGCUGCGUUUACGCAGAUGCUGGCCCGUCGUUCGACCUACCGCGAUGGCCUCGUGCUGCUCCUGCUCGUACUGCUGGCAUAUGCCAUGGCGGGAACCACGAGUUAUGCCAUAACGCAGCGCUAUGAUCCAAGUGCGGUACGAAUAUCGUGCGACCCGCGCGUGCUACCGGCGUACGGUUUCCAGUCGCUCAUGAGACUGGUACUGGCCUACGGAUUCUCACUGGUAUUCUCGUUAAUCUACGCGUACAUUGCGUACAGGGCCUCGUUUGCUGCGCAAGUGCUGCUUCUCAUUAUUGACGUUUUGCAAUCCGUCCCUAUUCUCGCUUUUGUCCCAGCAGCAGUGCUGGGCCUGAUCGCCAUGUUUCCAGGGCAACGCAUUGGGGUCGAGCUGGCAGCGAUGCUGUUGCUCUUCACCUCGAUGGCGUGGAAUAUGCUUCUUGGCUUUUACCAGUCCCUAAUAUCCAUACCGCCGGACCUGAUGGAGGCAGCCAGAAUACUGCGACUCUCAGCGUGGCGGCGUUUUUGGUUGCUGGAAGCGCCUUCGGGCGUGUGCUCCCUCGUCUGGAACUCCAUUAUCUCCGUGUCCAGCGGGUGGUUCUUUCUGAUAAGCAUCGAGAGCUUCUCACUGGGGCCCGGCAGAGAAUAUCGUCUGCCGGGCUUGGGAAGUUUCCUUGCUGAGGCUGCGGAUCGAGGCAAUAUGCGCGCGAUCUUCUGGGGUCUGUUCACUGUAGUGUCGCUUAUUAUCUGCAUCGAUAUGUUGAUCUGGCGUCCGCUGAUCGUCUGGAGUGAGCGCUUCAAGUUCUCGACGAACGCCAGUUCCGGCAUCGGGGCGAUCAGUUCGCUGCAGAGGAAGGCAUCGCGCUCGCCUUCGUCGUCGUCGUCUGGGCUGCGUUCGUCACUGGGGUCGGACGCUAAUUUCGCGGAUGAAGACGACGACCGCGAGAACGAUAACUACGACGACGACGACGACGAUGAUGAUGAGAAUGACGCGUCUUCUUUCGCGUGGGCUGGUGCACCACGUCGGCAGUUCCGUGUUCUGGAGCUUGUCCAGAUACCGGAUGCAACCGCGAGUGCCACAAGCAGCGCGCCCGGACUCGCGAUCAUGCACAGCAUCGAAGGUGAGUCUGCUCCCGGAGCCGAGCAGGUUGUCAUCCAACAACGCGAACUGGACGCACCACGAAGCAUCGUGUUUGCAUAUUUCCAGCGCUCUCCAUUGAUGCGUGCCGUUCACCGGCGAUUCUUUCUGCCUCUCUGGCAGAAAUUCAUUGAUGCAGACGUGAUCUGGGAGCGUGCAACGGAAACAACUUCCCAGACGCUGGCACUAGCCUGGAAGCGCGUGCAUCAGCCGCAUCUGUUGCUGCGGCUCUGGGGCUUUAUGGUUCGUUUGCUUACAUGGAGCAGUGUGCUGGGCAUCGCCUGGUUGGCGUUUCUGGCGUUUCGCGUUGCCCACCACGCGCUACGGAUUCUGCAGACGAUUUCGUGGCGCUCGUGGAUCACCAUUCUGAGCUGUGCUGGACUGACCUUUGGUCGUGUGCUGACGGCUUUAGCGCUCUCGUUAUUAUGGACAGUUCCACUGGGGGUUGCUGUCGGGUGCUCACCGGCACUGGCUCGCGUCCUCCAGCCGCUAGUCCAGAUCGCUGCUUCCGUGCCAGCGACGGCAGUAUUCCCGUUUCUGCUCCUGGGGUUAGCGAAUUUCGGCGGGCUUGGCUUGCAGAUUGGCUCGAUCCUCUUGAUGAUGUUCGGCACGAUGUGGUACAUUCUGUUCAACGUCAUUGCAGGUGCUGCAGCGAUUCCCGCGGAGCUCUGGGAAGUUGACGCGGUUUACAACAAGGCCACAGACUCGUGGCUUGCUCGCCAGUGGAGACGAUGGCGCUUUCUCAUCCUGCCCGGUAUCUUCCCAUACCUCAUCACUGGUAUUGUUACGGCUGUUGGAGGCGCGUGGAAUGCGAGCAUCGUUAGUGAGUACGUCCAGUUCCAGGGCCAGAUUUUAUCGACCAAAGGUCUGGGGGCGCUCAUAUCGAACGCAGCGGCUCGUGGUGAUUUACCGUUGCUGUUAGCGGGGACCCUGGUCAUGUCUAGUUUGGUGCUGCUCACGAAUCGUUUUGUCUGGGCGCCACUCUACAAGUUAGCGCGUGAACGCUACACGCUCAACUAG